AUGCAUCACUUUUGCGCCAUUUGCGGCGUGUUCAUUAGCCCUUCCCAGGCGGGCCUGGCAGGAGCGCCACCAGAGAGUUUGGAAUGGUACCAAAUCCUCCGUGCAGUCCAGCGCAUGGGAUCCCUUCCUACGGCCGCACUUAGUGGUCUUGGUUACGUCGACGCCCUGGGCAACAUCACGGCCCCUCCCGGAACUGGAAGUUCCUUUCUGGACGAGAAUGCGUCUGUUCAAACCUACGCUCCCUUUUAUGACCCCGAGACCGAGUCCUGGACUUUUACAAUUCACGGACUAUGCUGGGAGGUUCUGCUACAGCGAAUUCCGGCAGGGAUGUCGGAUGCCAUCAGAUCUGCCACCGUCCUGCAUGAUGUCUUGUAUUGCUCCACAUGGAACAGACGCUUCCUCCGACCAGGCCAUGACUUCGGAGGCGCGAUCCUGUUUCAAAAGCCCGUAGGGGACCCGAUCCAAGCGAUUAUUCGUCAAGGUUAUACCCAUCUCCUGGCUGAACCUUCACAGUAUAACUGUCUGGAUGAUCUGUUACGCACGGUCCCUAACACCGGCAAACCCUCCGCGUUGGUCCAUGUAUCGGGUAGGAGGGGAGCCUUCCCAGCCUCCGACAUACUAUCUUGCCUGCCAAUUGAGGUUGUGCUUAUCGUUCUUGCAUACCUCCCGUCUUCCUCCAUCAAAGCUCUGCGGACAUCAUCUAGAUCACUUGCGUCUGUGACUCAUCCGGGAUCCCUUCCGCAGCAUUUCUGGAAAACCAGAUUCAGCCUGGAAUUUGAGAUGGGGUUUGCCUUGCCAACUAGGACUGAUGGAUAUCAAAAUUGGCGUGAGGCCUAUUUUGCAAUCAGGAAAAGCUUGCAUGACCCGCAGGGUUCCGAGAAGCUCAAAAGCAGACGUAGGAUAUGGGAUAUAGUCAGUGUCAAUGCUGCUCUGAUUGAACGGUAUUUGAAAGCCUCUACUCCCGCCGGUGUUUCCUGCCCCCAGAUUGAUUACUCGGAUUCCGAACCUGGCUUUUAUGGUGUAGAAUGGCUAUCCAGCCAGUUCGUCUCAGCUGCACUCUCAACGAAUAGCCAUGAUCUCCUGCAUUUCGGGACUAGGAGUAUGUAUGGGAGGCAAAUUACUUUGCCUUUCCAGGAGGCUGAUCUGUUGACUGUCGGUAUCUCAACAGUGGAAUUCAAUUCUCGCCAAUUUGUUGCUGGCAUUCGUUUUACGCUGAUUGACGGGACUACCGGAAAGCAGCAUACCCACUCUCUGGGUUAUGUAUCGGCUUUCAAAGAACAAGUCAUUGAGCUUUUUCAACAAAGGAUGAUAGGGAUUGACUUGGCUGUAUGUGCCGGGGGCAUUAUGGGCAUGAGGAUGGUCUUGUCAAACGCCUUCCACGUUUCUAGAACUACAUGGAUGGGGAGCGCCUCGCCUGAUGGGGUGGAGGUGUCCUUUGGAAAUCUAUGCUUCGGAAACGAGGCUAACCAACUUCGCUUGGUUGCCGAGUUCGAUCCAUAUAACCUCUCAUAUCAGCAAUUCAAUCGAUACCUCAAUGUCGACUUUGGUGGGGUGUGCGGUCAAAGGCUCCCACACCUGACGCGGGUAGUAGCACACAUGCUGAUACAAUCAGCUCCUAUUAUAGGCCUGCAGUUUUACUAUGACGACCAGCAGCCAUUGAAGUUUGGUGGACAGGGACUCAUAGAGAUUUCCUUCUUGGUGGACGGCCCGGGCGGAGAAAGAAUAACCAGUGCAACAUUCGAACAAGCCUCCACUGUGCAUGGGAUCGUUUCACUCCAGCUGCAAACAAACCACGGGAGAAAGGUUGUAUUCAUGGCCAACGAGCUUGCUGGUCCUUAUGUUGCAGAUAUAUCCCCAAGACUACGCCUUCCAGGCCAUAAAGGAAUUAAGUAUACAAAGCAGACUCUGCAGGCGCCCGAAGGUCAGGGUAUUGUCGGCUUUACCUCGGUAUUGGAGGCUAGCUCUGGGUCUUUUCAGACCCUUGGCUUGCAGUGUGAAGCCACAGGCCUCCGUCCUACGUCAGCUGCAGAGCUUUCAACCAUUAAUACCUCUCGACCCUCCGCAGAGUUGGCAUCGUCACUGGGAUCGCAGCUGGCCGGUGAGGCAUCCAAGGGCUGUACGGGAUAUACAUCUGCGACUCUUCACAAAGUCAAACGGAUACGCUUUUCGAGAGGAGGUGAAGAUCGUCCGCGUCUCUCUAACGAGAUUUCUGGUUUAUGGCUGGAGUACAGUGAUACUUGGCAGUCUGCAAUUGUGGGACAGUGGAUUUCGGAGGACGGUGGUUUCGAUCUGGCAGACGGUGAAGCAAUCACGGGCAUUGCUUUUUGGUCAUCUAAAAGUAGAAUCUGCCAUAACGAAAGAUACCCCCUCGGUCGACUCGUUCGCAUGGAAAUUUCAACGAACCUAAGAUGCGAAAUGUACCCGACUGUGAACACCCUAUCCGCAGACGAAUAUACUGUCCUACGGUUCCGGGAAAACAGUAUAGAAAUACUAUCUCAAGUCGUUUGGGCAUUCAACGACGCGUGGGACUUUGUUCGCAUCAUCUCAACUCCAAAGUCAACCGCUCGUGAUUUAAUCCUCUGGCACAACACAAACUAUCUCGAGGUGUACCCGUGGAUCGUACCGGAAAAGGCGUUUUGGAAACUGAAUGACACCGACAACCUCGCAUCAAUUACAUGCUUUCGACACCCCGCAUACCAGUAUACCAUAUCAGGAAUGCAACUUACCUAUCAGUCGGGCCACACCCUCGACAUAGGAUUUGUGAAUCCUCGUCACCUGUCGUCUCAGGUACCUUUCCAACCCGAUGACACCAUUGACAAAAUCCAGCUAUUUGCAACAUCCCGUGGUCUUUUCGAUAUUUCGUUCUUCUGCACCAAUAAACAGACAGAGGCCACCACUACACGCGCUUUCAGUGACACUGCCUCCAGUCAUAUGGCUCCUGGUGCCAAUGAUGCCCCUGAUGGCAUUGAUACGCACACAAUUGACAUUGCCCGACGGAAUUAUCAUUACUUUUCCACUGCCGGGUAUCAGCGCGAAGAUCAGGAUAUCGGUGAGGGCGUCGUUGUGGGAUUAUGGGGAUUUGAUUGGGCAGAAAAGGGGUUAUUGGUUGGAUUGGUAUUGUUGCAGGAAAGUUGCCAGAUGAAUGAAUGUCUUAUCACCGAGCGAGAAUGAAGAAUACACCGAGGGUCAUAAGAAAGUUCAAAUUUCACAGAGACCAAGGCUCGCGGGUUUGAAAAUAGGAUUCGGGGUUGGGGUGAGAAUAAC